AGUUAGUAACUUGUUUGAUAUGCACUUCUGUGCAGGUGACAUCUCCUGCUGGUAAUGAAGUUAAAACUUUGAAGGGGACCUCUGGAGACAAGUUUGAAUUUAAGGCCCCAAGAAGUGGAAUGUACAAAUUCUGUUUUCAUAAUCCCUACUCUACAGCAGAGACUGUUUCUUUCUAUAUUCAUGUUGGCCAUAUUCCAAAUGAGCAUGACCUCGCCAAGGAUGAGCAUUUGGAUCCAAUCAAUGUCAAAAUUGCACAGCUAAGAGAGGCAUUGGAGUCUGUUACAGCCGAACAGAAGUUCUUGAAAGCACGUGAUGCUCGACAUCGGCACACAAACGAAAGCACCCGUAAGCGUGUUGUAGGCUACACAAUUGGAGAGUACUUACUGUUGGCCCUUGCCAGUGGACUUCAAGUUAUAUACAUCCGCCGCCUGUUCAGCAAGUCAGUUGCUUACAACCGGGUUUGAACCAACUGGUUAAUUUAAUCAGUCCAUUAACUACGGGGCCGUAGAAUGAAUCCCAGAGAUGAGCCAGAAAAUUGUCUUGUUCUACAGCACAGCAAAAUUUAUACAUCCUUUUUACCCAGUGUUUUAUUCCAACUAGAAUGCAGUUUUCGAACAUAACUGUUUUGACUAAUAUUUGGUGAUUUAAGUGACAUUUCGUUAUUCUUAUUCUAUUAGAGACCUGCACACUAUUCUGUUACU